CUGUUUGGGAAGCAUGCUCACGUACGCAGAAACGCGCACCUUCAGGUUUACAACCAUAUAGAUUUGAAUCCACUCACUUUCACAAUCAGGCUAGUUUUAGCAAAACUCACUCGGUGCGAUGGACCUUGCGGGCAUAGGUAUCCGCCGGAAUCGAUGAUCCUCUUAGGAAGAUGUGGACACAUGUUGUGUAAUGUUUGCAGCGGAUUGGUAUACAAUGAUGAUGGCACAAAAGGUUGCAGCAAUUUUGAUUGCGUAUUCGCUACUUUAUACGAUUACCUACCGGAAGACUAUGCUCGAAAAGCCUACGAAAAUCAUGUUUGUGCCCUAUGUUCUACUACUUACAUGGCGUUCCUUAUUUCAAAAACUACAGAUAAUUGCGCGUCAGAAGGCUCGCGAAUCAGCCCUUCACUAUGGCUUUGA